AUGCGGCGUCUCCCCCGCGUCGUGACGUCCUUGUCGUCGGACGAGACCGACUCCAACCUCCAGGACUUCGUGAACGCGUCGUGGGAGGUGGUACGGCUGUCCAGCGUCGGCUCAUUGCCAUUCUCCGACUUCUCCCACCUCCCGUACGAGGAGCAGUCGACAUUUCUCUCCAGCACCAUCGAUACCACGUCGCCAGCCCCACAGAUCGCCGGCGGCCGCGACAGUAACGACAUGGUGCUGAGCGCAGUCACGCCAGUGCCGAGAGAUGCAUUUUUCUCCGCGUCUGUCAGCACACGGCCGUCAACGGUUCUCGUUGGCCCAGUCGCCGCGCGCGCGAAGGCGCAGGAAAGGACGACCGUGUCGCAGUUAAACUCCACGCGGAAGUUUGAGGAUACGCAACCGCUACCAAAACCGUUGUUUCAUUCCGUUACUGAGUUGAAAGACUCGUUUUCUUCUCCGUCUGGCGAGAUGUCUUCUCUGCAGAGUGGGUUGUCUCCUUCUGCUGCGCAUCUGCCACCAGUGUCGUCCGUGUGCAAGCAGCACGAGUCGUCGCCAGCUGUAGAUACGGUGGGAAAAUGUAGCAACUCUGAGCCUGAGGCCGACAAGCACCCCUCGCCGUCUCAACACCGUACUAGGCGAAAGGGACCACCCAACGGACGCUCCAUGAGGCGUCGCAUGGUGACUUUGUUUUCCACCGCAGAUGUGGUGGAUUGGGCUGAGGAUAGUCCCUGUAUGGUGCCCUUGCAGGUGGAACGAACCACUCCGCAAAAGAAGCCUUUGAAAGGCACUCGUACGGCUUCCUCUGCACUGGGCGAGAAGCAACAAGUUCCAAACAUUGUACGCGACACAAAACACAAGGUUGUAGUGAAACCUGAAGUGACGCCUAACGAAGGCACCUCAACUUUGUGCGAAAGAGUGGCUGGCAGCUCAGCAAAGGGGGCGCAGCCGCACACCACCCCUCCCACUGGGGAAAAUCAAGAACAGCGCAAGCCUGCUCCGUUUACUUUGCUUCAUUCAGAGCCUAGGAAGGAGGAGGCGCGCCCUGUCGCGCAAAUGAAAUCGGAGGCUGGCACAAUAAAGAAUGCAGUGCCGACGCUAUCCAACGCGGUGCCACAAGCUGCGAACAGCAGCCACACAUCGGCGCCUCGGAAAUAUGUGCCCCCCGAUCGGCUGAUGCGUCUCGUAAAGGAUGUCACGGAUCCGGAGGUGUUGUUACUCAUUCGUGACUAUAUUGCGGAACACUACCGUGACCCAAAAAUUCGUGCAGUCAUCGACUUGUGUGACGCUAUUCUCAACGGGAACGACGAGGGCCACAAUGAGCGCCAAACAGAGCCCAACUCGGACCGAAAGGGAAGGUGCCACGAUGACGAUGAGCACAAUUUCCUGGAAAAUGAUGAAGAUGCAUAUGAUGUGGCUCCUGGCGAUGACGAAUUCGACGACAGCAAUAUUAAAACAUUACCAUACCCUCCGAUUGAUCCACGUGGACGCUUCUCUUUCGUGGCUCCGUCAGUACACGGGGUUACUACCUCCAUCUUCAGCUCUGGUAAGCUCUACAAGAUCGUGACGGGAAAAGGUGAAAUCUUUUUCUUAAAUGACACUCUGCAGUAUGCCAUGAUAGUACGCGUACGCUGUCAACUGAAGGGCAACGAAGUGAUCAACGAAAAGGCGGUCUGUACGCCGUUAGAGACCGGCGUAACAGAGAUUACCCUGGCAGUACUGCCGGAGGAGACCAUGUUUUUCAUGAAAAGUGACAGCAAACUUCCGCGCGUCCGGGCAAAGGGCGUCAUUCCACCGUCGGAAUUCGUUGCGCCGUCCGUGCCACGCUGCAUGGAGGAUAUAUCGAAAGGCAUUGAAGCCGUACGGUCAAGGCUGGGUCCGUGGAGCCGUGCAAGUGAUCAGAAAUCCUUUUUGAGAUGCUGUAUGAACAACAAUCUUAAAUUUACGGACCUUGAGUUUCGCCCAUCUGCCAUUUCGUUAUUUCGGCCGGGUGUUGAUACGGUGGCCGUUGUUCCAUUGACAUGGCGCCGUCCGCAGGACUAUCUGCUCCUCACAGAGGUAUCCGAGGUGCGCUUAUUUCGUCAGGAUAUCUCGUGCCAUUUGGUGCGACAAGGUGAUUUAGCGGAUCACACCGUUGUUGCUAGCAUUGCUGCAGUGGCCCAGUUUCCGUCUCAUGUCCGUUGGAUGUUCCGUCACCCGGUGAGUUCCUCGACGGGGAAACGCGAGCGUGCGAUUGGCGUGUACCGUGUGCGGCUAUGUGUGGGCGGAUGGUGGACGACACUGCUACUCGAUGACUACUUUCCUGCUUCAAUGAAGGCGCCACUUUUUGCGCGGUGCCCGGUUGAUCCGCGCCGCCUUUGGGUCUCGCUUCUGGAGAAAGCCUACGCCAAGGCGCUUGGCUCCUACGCAGCAUUGUGUGAAGCAGAGGUGCUCGACGUCAUGACUGACUUCACGGGAUACCCGUACCGCGAACUUGACGAACUCUGGGCUGCGGCGGCGGAGAACCCGGACGUCGCCAAGACACUCUACAAUUAUAUCCACAGUAGCGCAAAGCGUCACUUUAUUGUCAUGGUGUACACACCAUCGUCACAUGAACCACAGUCUCCCUCCUCGUCAGGUAUAUCGCGUCGCCUUUCAAUGCGGUUGAACGGCUCGACGGAGGCGACCGCGCUGUUCAUCCCUGGCCAUGUCUACUUCAUCACGGAGGCGCUUUACUAUGAGGAUUUAGACUUGCGCAUGGUGCGGCUGAAGAACCCAUGGACGUGGCGGACAGCCCGAAGUGCGCGUCAGGCAAACACGUGGAGACGAGCCAAAUGGUUUGAGCAGCCGGACAGAAGCUUGUCAAUGGGGAGUGUUGGUACCAUGAUACAGUCGAAGCGUGGCAACGGUGCUGGCGACUCUUCUCACAGUCUCAAUGAUGAUAUUGGAACGAUGUGGUUAGAAUGGUCUGAGGCACUCAAUAUAUUUGCGGGUGGUGGUGUUUGCUACACCCUGUGGAGUUGGCACGACUACCGGAUUAAAAACUGCUUCCGAAACGGCAUUCCCGAUGUCGUUCUUGAAGUGUCGGUUAAAAAGAAAAUGGAAGCCAUCAUAACCAUCUCUCAGAUGAGUCUGCUGAAUAACCCCGGAGGUGUGCAAUCGGCUGGAUACGACGCCGUACUCCUCUUGGUUUCUCGUCAUAUGGAAGCGAAGAAAAGAGAGAUGCUCGCGUUCAAGAGCUCCAACGAUUUAGAGGUGCGUAGCGGUAAAUUGACAUACCACGCAGCUCGAGAGGUGUCGCUCAAGUGCAUUUUCGAGCCCCGGUACAGCCCCUUCUAUGUCAUACCAAGGGUGCACGAUCAGUGCUGCCGGGAUAAGGCACCAUUUGUCGUUUCAUUCAUGUGUGACACUGUGGUGGGCGGUGACGAUGCUCAUGUUCGCUUCUGCCGUAUGGACAAGGCGUGCGAUGUAUUCCGGAACAUGCCAUCGUUUGCGGUAAAUAGCAAUCUGUGCACCCCCACCGUUGCGGCAUAUCAGCGUCGUACUGAUGCGGGUAUAUUUACUUUUGAUGGCCAAUUCAUUAAGCCGUAA